AUGCGUUUCCUGCAGUUCCUCACUCAAGAAAAGACACUGGCAGAUUCCGGCGGACGCAUACGAGAUCCUCACAUCCUGCUCCCUGCCCACGACCACCUGGAGUGUGGGAAAGCCCACAGCUGGCUAUCGGCCCUCCCCUUAGACGAGAAGCUCAUGGUUCACUCCUUUUUGAAAGACAAGCUGCAACAGUCGGCUCGUCGUCUCGUCAAGUAUGGUGGAGCCCAACCUUUUUUAGCUGGAAAGGAUUAA